UCUAAAAGAUAUGAUAUUUUCUCAAAAUUACGAAACGUAUAAUCAAGGUCUUAUCUGUUCACCCUGAUUAAUGAACCUCGUCUCCAAUUAAUCGAUAAACAGGGAACAUUCUCGUUCCAAGUAAAUUAUAGUAUUACAAAAUCUGAAUGUAAUGAAAAAUUUACAUGAUUUCUUGAUCAUCAUCUCGACCUGUGACGUUCUCUGAAUGUUGAGAAAGUGCCUAGUCGUGAAUUCCAAUUUUUUUUUCGAUUUGAUUCGAAAGUAUCAGGUAUUUUGAAACACCGAGAUUACCUCUGAGCUUGAAUCACUACACAAAUCGUGACUAAAGAAAACAUCAAAUUGAACAAAAAUGAUCCCCAUACUGUUUGUAUUGCUCCUCACCUCCUUCCAAUCACCUCCAACCACAGCCAAACCCACCGAUUUCUUCGUAGAACUCACCAAACAGCCCUACUACAUUGACAAAACCGAUCUACUGCACGAAAUCAGCAAAUUCACCAACAACUACGACUUCGUCGCAUGUCCCAGUCGUUUCUUGAAAACCAGCAACUUGCACAUGAUCAAGAGCUUCUAUCAACUGGAAUUCGACGCACAAGGCACUCCGAAAAAUUACACCGAUACCGAAACCUUCGCUUUCUUUAAAAAUUUCAAAAUCGCCAAUCACUCGACGACUUUCAUUCAAAAUCGCAUGGCUAAUCAUCCCGUCAUGUUGAUCGAUUUGAAAUACAACGUGUCCCAGGUGAAAACCAUACCCGAAGUUGACACCUUGAUCAAUACCAAGCUACAAGAAGCCUUCAGCGAUUUCUUCGACAUGUUACCUAAACAACCCACUCCCACGAGCGAAUUCGAGAUCACCAAAUUCGAAACAGAAUUUGUACAAAAGUUGCGAAAUGGUACAGCUAAUCACUUCGAAUUAUCGUAUGGUUUGUACAGACUGAGCAACGUUUUAUUCAAGUACUUCAAACAUCGAGUCAUCGUCUUGAUCGAUAAUUACGACUACGCUGCCAACGAAGCUGUACUAAAACAUCCCGAAUUGCUGGAUACCGACGGAGCAGUGCAUUAUUUUUACUCGUCUAUCAAUAACAUGUUCCGUAAAACCUUCAAAGACAACAGGAAGUUCAAAAAUUACGCACUGAUGGCAGGUAUAAGUGGCCGGAUCGAGUACGCCGAUAACGAAGUCAAAGAGAACCAAUUCUUAGACGAACAUAGGUUCACUUCGUACUUCGGAUUCACCGAAUCAGAAAUCGAUGACUUGUUGAACCGAUAUAACGCUUCGAUCGGAGAAAUAAUCGACGUCAGAGCUUACUACGGUUCAUAUUUGACUCGAAUGAAGAAAACUCGUAUGUACAGUCCUUAUUCGAUCAUACAAUACAUUCUGGAUGGCAGAUUCAAACCAGCCGAUGAAAAUAAACGAUUCCAUUUCGAACCCUACUGGGCCAAGACGGAAGACCAGGCAUUUUUCCAACAGGCUUUAAAAUCGGAUUCUUUUCGCUACAAAUUGGAUUCGCUGGUGACCAAUACAUCAGAUUACGUCAGUAUAUCCAGCCAAUAUAGAUCGUCUACGGCUCUAGAUACGUUUGUGCGAACUAUUAACGAGAAAAAACCAUCUUUCAAAGGUGUCCAGCAAUUCGACGAGUCGUUGUUGUGCAAGUAUAUUUUCGAAACCGGAUAUCUUUGUUAUGCCCAAUUUGCUAAAGAUACUAACAACAUGAUCCUUGUUAAUGAGGAAAUAAAGGAGUCGGUGAAAGCAACUGUUCGAGAAUUCAAGAAGGGGAUUCUUUCUGAAAUGAAAAAAUCAUGAAUGCCUGAAUCAUGUAAGAGGUCAUCCCUUAUGCGAAGGGUGAAAAUUUUGCCUUGAGAACUGCAGAUAUCUUUGGUGUUCGAGAAUUGCAGACAAAAUUGAGUUGAACUUUUCGAGUUGAGUGAACGUUAUAAGAAUAGGUACCCUUUUGUAGUCCCUACCUAUUUGAUUUUAUAUUUUUAAAACGAAACGCGAUACAAACGAUAUGAGUUUAUUGAUAAGAUUAGCUCUCGAAUGUUCCAUGUAUUAUUUUUUAUCAUUUUUUUACUCCAAACGUUUUGCAAUUUAAUUACUAUUGGGUGGCAUAUUUUAUCGUGGUGUAUCAUUAUUACUGAAAUAUGACCUUCAGUAUAAUUUUCAAUGUACAUAUGUAUUAUGAGGAAAUUUGUAUUUUACAAUUAAUCAGUCUCCAUCAGGAUUCCGGGAUUGGGAUAUGACCAUUCACAAAAUACGUUUUUAUGCCUCUCGAAGUACAAAUUUUCAAAAACUGA